AUGGUGAAGCUCGCCGCGCUAGUCGUGGCGGUUGCGCUACUGGCACUGCUGGAUCCGGCGGCCACCGUCGUGGAGUUCGCCAAGGAAGACCUGGAAUCCGACGACUCCCUGUGGAAGCUUUACGAGCUGUGGGGCGCGCGCCACAAGGUAGCACGCCACCCCGGCGAGAAGCUUCGCCGGUUCGCCAUCUUCAAGGAGCAGGCGCGCCGCGUCUACGACUUACAUAUUGAAUUUGCAGGCGACACGCCGUUGGGGCUCAACAUCUUUGCCGAUCUGAGCGACGACGAGGUCCGUCGCGACUACAGGUGUGCGAUGGGCGGCGCCGGUAACGGCCGGAAGAAGCGCAGCUUCAUUAAUGUGAAAAGGCGCGCCGGCGACGGGACUCUGCCGCUCCCCGUGGCCUUCGACUGGCGCUCGAAAACUUGCUAUGGGCAUCCGUGCCUGACUCCAGUCAAGGACCAGGCGUACAACUGCGGAGCCUGCUGGGCGUUCGCGGCGACGGCCGCGAUGGAGAGCCACCACGCCAUCUUAAAGAACGGCAGCCUGUUGCGGCUGUCCGAACAGCAGCUCGUGGACUGCGACACCAAGAACGGUGCCUGCGCAGGUGGUUUGGCCGCAACCGCCUUCCAGUACGUCGUGAAGUGGGGCCUGACGUCGUCGGCCGCCUACCCGUACACGGCAAGGAAUGGCACAUGCAAGUCCAGCGCCACAUUGCCCGUCUUGGCCAUGACUGGGUUCGCGCGGGUGCCGGCCUACGACGAAUUCGAACUGCUGCAAGCAGUUACCUACGGGCCCGUCGUGGUUUCCAUCGAUGCAAACAACACCGAGUUCGACCGCUACGCCGGCGGCCUGUACCCGUCGGUGAAGUGUGGAAGAACCCCUGAUCACGAAAUGCUGCUCGUCGGCUACGGGCCCAAUCACUACAUCUUGAGGAAUUCGUACGGAGAAAACUGGGGGGACAAAGGUUACAUGCUGCUGCCGCGCAACUUCGACCUCCACGACGUCUUUGGACCGUGCGGCAUCCUACUGGAUGGCGCCACUUACCCCGAGGUGGCCUGA